AUGGAAACUUGGUUGCUGCCCUUCUCGCUGGGAUGCCUGGUCGGAGCUGGUGUGGCCUGGUACUUCGCGCGGCGGCCCCUAUGGGCCAGAGCGGCCAAGUCAAGCAGCCGAAAGUCGAAGCAGCGACAGUACUUACCUCGUGGCUCGGCAGAUGCUCGGCUGGCGAGACAAGGCCACGCGGCUGAGCUCCUCCGCGAAGUCCGGUGUGAGGAUGCGCUUCCCUGGCUUCGGAGUACCCGGCUGCCCCCUUGCUGCGGCGUGCUCACAGGCGUGCCUGACAUCCACGAGCUGGACAGCAAGCUGAGCAUAGAAGGCUACAUCGAGUGGUUCCAAACCGUGGUGAAGCUUGUCUUGGAGGCAAUUCCUGAAGAUGGGCGAGCCAUCUUCAUGCAAACAGAUGUCAAAGUAACCCGUGAUGGCCAGCAUGGGCGAAAUGCCUCUGGCGGCAGCUACUGGCAGUGGCUAGACAAAGCCCAUCUAGCGCUGCAAGCUGCAUCGCAGGUGCCCCGCGCACGACUUCUUUGGCACCGUGUCAUCUUUUCCGGCAAAUUGCAAGCAGGGGGCCGGAGUGGAUUCAGUGCAGGCUACACGCACUACCUGUGCUUCGCAACCGGGGACACCGACGAAGCACUGGAUCGCGGUGCUUUUCCUGAUGUGAUCCGAAAGGGCCUCUCCACUUGGACCUCCGGCUCGGGUGCUCAUGCAGUGCACUUGGCCUGCAGCUACCUGAAGGCACAAGGCAUCCAGACAGUGGUGGAUCCUUUUUGUGGUGAAGGCUCCGUCCUGGCCAUCGCCAACGCUCUCGGCCUCUCGUCCAUAGGCCUCGAGAAGUCUGCGAAGCGCGCGAAGCAGGCACAGACGCUGGAUGGUCUGGCGCUGCUGGAGGCCGACCGCGACGAGUGCGCAGAGUAUUUAGAGGAUGGGAUCUCCACCGCGGACAUUCUCGCUGAAUUCGUCGCGGAGACAGAGGACCCCAUCACGCUGGCGCUCUUUCAGGCUAUCCUUUUCAUGCCCCUUGCCUUCGUCAUCAUUUCCGGGUCGAUCAAAAUGAAGGGCACACCUCACAGCUGUCAUUCUGACGUCCAAAGCGUGAUUUCUGGUUGCCAGACUGAGCUUCUCUUUGAGGUCCUCGUUCUCGACGAUGCUAGCCACUUCAAGGCAGUGCAAGACCAGUCCAAGACAAAGAGCUGUGGGAAGCGUCUCGGCUACCCACUGGCAAAUGGCUUCAACCCCGGGGAGAAGGACAACGGCCCCGCGUCUGCCGUGGCAGAGCUUUUCUCGAGCAGCGCGCUCGCCAGAGAGAGGUUCAUCAUCGAUCGGCAAGCUGAGAGUACGAUCCUGGGAGCAACGCCCGGUAAAGUCGGAAAGCUCCCAGACCCCAAGCGGGAUCCCGAGAGGAGCUUCGAAUGCAGCCAGACGGAGCUGGUGCUGCGCACGCCCUCAGAGAGCAUCGAGACCUGGGCCGUCGAAAUCGGGCGGCGAAUGGACAGGCUGAGUGCUCACGGCCAUCAUCUCAUCCCAUGUGUCAGCUUUGCCGAUGCGAAGCAUUGGACCCAGGAGCUUGGAACCAAGAUGCAAGAACAGGAAGAGGAGCUUUGUGCCCAGGUGGAGGACGAGAGUUUCGGUCAGCGGCUGCAGGCUGCCGCCGCGCUGCUGCGAUCCGCGCUGCUCCGCUCGCGGGGUCGGGCCUUGCGAGAAGCGUUUACUGAACUCGCCCUCCACUCGCGCCUAGAGGCGCUAUGCAGCUUUCAGUGUGGGGCUGCAGCAGCGCGCCUUACCCGAGCGCUGUUGGCUCCACAGCAGCGUCGCGUGGAGGGAUGCCUGGCUGCUUGGCGGCAUCACGCAGGCUCUUGCCAGGCAAAACCGACGGCCAGAAGGCGACAGAGACGUUCCGCGCAGGAGGACCUCCGCAAAGGAUCGUUGUUGCUCGCAGAAGUUUGUCGCCAGCGCCAGGAAUCUGCCCUGCACAGCUUCUUCCUGCAGUGCAGCCGGCAAAAGGCUGCUGCACUUCGGGAGGAGAGGCGCUCGGCUGCUGAUCUCAAGGAUGCCGCGUCCUUCUACGAAAGCGCCUCCCAGCUCCACCUCGCCGUGCGGCGCUGCACCGCUCUGAAGCUCCUUGCGCUGGCUCUGCGGAAGCACCGCCAGCUGCAGAUUGCAAAUGCCAUGAGCCGCUGGUCCCAGGCCGUGGCCGCGACCUUGACCUCGGAGGUCAUCACUCUGCGCGGUCAAGCGGAGAAUGUGAACACACAGCUGACGGAGCAUUGCCGAACGGCUUCAGUCAACGCAAGAGUGGCCAGCUUGGUCUUGGCGCUUGUGGAAGCUCGGCGGCGGCGGCUUCUUUGGGCUCGGCUGUGCUGGGUGCAAGGUGCCUCGGCUGCUGACCGGAGACGUUUCGCCCCGCCACCGCGAUGA